ACGCGGUGCACUUCGUAGUGAUCAGUUCGAAUACGCGAAACUUGUGAAACAGACUAGAAUUAAAAUCAAAAAACGAAAAUAUUGAAUUGAUAGUGGCACAUAUAGUAGAAAAAAAAGUUAUCGUAUUAAAUACAUGCAUUUGAAAAAUGCAGGCAUUGAAAAAAGCAUACAAACUUGAAAGGCACUUUCCAUUGAAAGUGUUAUUUCUUUUGGUUUCUACAACAUUGACUUACGGACAAGAUGUUGAAUUUUGUCAAAGCGUGGAUUUCAAAGUUUGCUCAUGGUAUAUUCUAAGCACAACGCAAAUAUUACAAAAUGCGACAGAUAACAUUAUUGUUUCGCCAAGCAAUAUACAAGCACUAUUGCAGCGACCUCAGGCCAUUGGUUUACGAUUUGGAAUGGGGGAGGAACAAGAAGGACAACCAGAAAACAAAAACCCCUUUGUUGGAGUAAACGCAAUUUUUACCGAAUCAAAAGAAAACCUAAAUAAUAUCGAUUAUUUAGAAAUGUUUUAUAAUUGUUCAAUUCAAGAGAAAUCUACCAAAAAUCCGCUAAUUUCAACUUUGGACGAUAUAACUAUAAGCUUCGACGGCAUAGAAAAUUUGAAAGUAUUGGUUUUAAAUAUAUUCAGUUUUAAGGAGACUUUACAGAUAAAUUUCAAAUAUACACUAAAUAUCACGUAUUAUACCAGACCGGAUAGUAUAAUAGUACCAGCGGUGGAAACGACGGAAAAUUUGAGAUAUCACGAUUCGCAAAUUUUGGAUGCUAAAAUAUUAGAAUUACCUUACAGUAAUGGAUUUUCAAUGUAUAUACUUCUACCGCAUACCAAACAAGGUGUUAACGAAAUGAUCAAUAAUCUCGGCUACGAACAGCUUAAGCGUAUCGAAUGGAUGAUGGAAGAACGGCGUGUGAAUGUAGUAUUGCCCACAUUCAGAACUUCUUAUAUGAUGAAUAUGAGAGAGCAUAUUCAAGAGAUCUCUGAACAUCGCUUUGAUGUUGAUUUUUCGACAACAUUCAAUGUUGAAACAAAUAAAACUAACUUUUACCAAUUCACAGCUCUUCAAUUCAACGGAAGCGGCGAAGCUGUAGAGGAAGACUAUAGUAAAACUCGAUCAAAUAAGUAUGUCAAAUUCCAUGUAGAUCGACCUUUUCUUUUUUAUAUUGCGGAAAAGGAUAGGAUUGUAUGCAUAGGCAAAGUUGUAAAUCCAAUGCAAUACAAGUAGAUACUCGUUUUAAUAAUGGUCCAAUGUGUGUACAAUGGAUGAGCAAAUAAAAAAUGUAAAUGUA